AUGGAGACAACUCAGCAACAAGCCCCAACAGGGCGGCGUGGACUGUCGUUUCAGCUCAUCCACAACCCAAGGCUCGUCCUUUCUGCUUUCCUCCUGGCCCUCGUCUUUUUCACGUUUGGCUAUGACGGCUCCGUGAUGGCGGGAGUUCUAGCUAUGGCACCUUUCGUCAACGAAUACGGCUCGGUGCACACUCCUUAUGGAAGAAUGCUUAGUGCAACGGAUAUCGGUGUUAUCACGGCCCUGCCUAUAACGGGCUGUCUCCUUGGCCUUCCUCUGGCAGCUUUUGUUGGCGACCGCUUCGGACGCAAGAAGACGCUUAUUUUGGGCUGCAUCAUCAGUGCUAUCGGCUCGGCUCUGCAGACUUCGGCGUACAGUCAGGCCCAGCUCGUUGUCGGACGCUGGAUUGCGAACUCUGCUAUCUUCAUCUUCAUUGUCAUGGGUGCUACCUUUCUAUCGGAGAUCGCACCAGAGCAAUACCGCGGCGCCAUUGUCGGCUUGUCCAUCGUGCUGAUCGAUGCUGCCGCAAUCCUAGCUUCCGGUAUCAAUUGGGCCCUGAGCACCGACACGAGCCAAUUUUCCUUUCGUUUCCCGGUUGGCCUGCAGAUCCUCUUUCCCAUGGUCAUCGCCGUCGCAAUGAUCUUCGUGGAGGACUCGCCAACCUUCUAUCUCACCAACAGCAAGGACGAGCAGGCACUCACGAGCCUACGCAAAAUACGGCGUGGGUACUCCGAGGCGGAGAUCGAAGGCGAGUUCGCUGCACUCAAGGCGCAGGCGGAACUGAGGCGGGAAGAGGUCCACGUUCCUUGGACUCACAUCUUCAAGGGCGUUGACCUCCGCCGCACUUUGCUCUCGCUGUCCAUUGGCAACAUGCAGCAGCUGUCGGGUAUCGCCUUUGCCACCAGCUAUGCCACGAUCUUCCUGCAAACAAUUGGCAGCGACAUCAGCGCCUUCCUGCUUACCUUGAUCGGGGCCAUCCUGGCCCUCAGCGGAGCUGUUACUGGAAUAUUCCUCGUCGACACCGUGGGUCGCCGCCCUCUGGCGCUGACGACAUUCAUCAUCAUCUUCAUCAUCAACGUCAUCAUCGGCGCCCUGGGUUUCACGGACUACGCGCACAACCCCAACCUUUCCCGAGCCAUCGCUGCCUUCUGCAUGAUGUUCGCCUUUUUCUUCGCUGCCGGCUUUGGGCCCCUGACCUACAUCGUGGCCAGCGAGAUGCCCACCGCACGACUGCGUAACAGAACCAGCGCAUUUUCCUUCCUUGUCUUGGCAUGUUUUCAGACUCUCGUCAUCUAUGUUUUGCCUUACAUUUCCAAUGCCGAUGCUGGGAACCUUGGACCGAAAACAUACCUUGUUUUUGCAGGAUGGAUGUUCUUGUGCAUUGUGAUUACCUACUUCUACCUGCCGGAGACCAAGGGUCGCAGCCCCGCGGAGCUUGAUGUUAUGUUCGCAGCUAGAAUUCCGGCGCGCCAGUUCAAAGACUAUGUUUGCAACAUUAACACUGAGAGCUACAUGGCUGAGCACAAGCAUCAUGUCGAACCUGUUGAGAAAGUUGCUUAG